AUGAAGUCCCAUCCGGUGUUCCACGUCUCCCUACUAGAACCCGCCCGAACGCAGCCUCUUCCUGGCCACAUACAACCACCCCCGCCGCCGGUAGUUGUCGAAGGGGAAGAGGAGUUUGAAGUGCAGGAGGUGCUAGACUCGCGGAUACGUCAUCGGCAACUACAAUACCUGGUCAAAUGGACAGGCUAUGAACAACCCACCUGGGAACCCGCCCGGAACCUCAAUGCAGAGUUAGGAUCGCUGCAAUGCUUUCACUCCCUAUAUCCCACCAAACCCGCCUUAGUCCCUAAGAGGACCCAACGUGGGAAAGUAUAA